AUGUGUCUGCACGUGCGCCUGCUGUGCGGAGCUCUUUGGUGGCCGUUGCUGACGCGGUGCGCGCGCGCCGCCCGCACCUACGACGACGGCUACGACCAGGUGUGUCCACUGGGGCCGCUACUCGUGCCCCGAUUGCAACCGACAUGCGCGUCGUCUAGCUUCACCCCGCCACCAUUUUGGCAACAUCCGACCGGCAAGCGCCCACGCGCGCUGCCUUUUCUCCUCGCCGCUUUACUAUACGCCGUUUUGUUUGGAUGCCGCUUA